AGCAUUAUUUAUGUGAUUUUCUUCAGAAGUUUCGCCGGUUUUCCAAAUUUUUAUCCUGAAACUAUGUCAAAACAUGGAGGUGGAGGUGGUAAUCAACGCAGCAACGCGCAUAAGAAGCGACAGCCCCAGGUCGCCGUGGAUGAAGACAAUCCCAUAGUCCAGGCAUUCCGAAAUUAUUCGAGUGAAUUAACCAUGAAACAAGACCGACACGAGAGAAUUGUGAAGCUGAGCCGCGACAUUACCAUCGAAUCCAAGCGCAUCAUAUUUACAUUGCAUUCGAUUGAUUCGCGCAAGCAGAACAAGGAGAAGAUUUUGGAUGAGGCCCAGCAGCGUCUGCAAAAACUGAUUGAGGUCAACUUUCGGGCCAUUGCGUUGGAACUGCGCGACCAGGAUGUGUACCAGUUCCGCAAUGCGUACUCCGCUGGCCUGCAGGAGUUUAUCGAGGCAUACACCUACAUGGAGUAUCUGUCCCGCGAGGACAGCGACGAGACGCCCAAGAGUGUGUCUGACUGGCAGGCCUUGCAGUCGGUGAUGCAAUACGUGGAGGAUCCCAGCAAAGCCAAGGACGAGGGAGCAUCGGUCGAAGAGACUGACGCUGCUGAAGCCGAGGAGCAGGCCAAGAAGUUUCAGUUCUUCAUCGAUCCCACAGAGUAUGUGCUGGGAUUAUCCGAUCUAACCGGUGAACUGAUGCGGCGAUGCAUCAAUUCUCUGGGCAGUGGUGAUACGGAUACCUGUAUGGAGACCUGCAGCACCUUGCAGAUGUUUUACACAGGCUACAUCAGCUUGAACUUGCAGCGUGCUCGGGAGUUGUGGCGCAAGAUCACCACCAUGCGACAGAGCGUCCUCAAGGCAGAAAAUGUCUGCUACAAUGUAAAAGUGCGUGGCGGCGAGGCAGCCGUUUGGGGCUCAAAUUUCGACCAAAAACCUGCUGAGGAUGUCGACGAGGGCUUCUACUAAUGUAAUCAAUUUAAUCUAUAGAGUUAACAUUAUUAUUAUCCAACGGCUAAGCGCUAUAAUGUACUAUAACAUUUUGUAUGUACAGCUAUCAAUACAUUAAUUAGGCCAGACCCAGGCCCUCCUAA